AUGUUGAACCGCGCGCUGCUCAUCGGCCUUCUGGCGAUUUCGGCAACGGCAAAAUUGCAGAUUUUCCCGAAUGAUGCUGAAGAAAAAUUGUGCAUCAUCGCCGGUUGCGCGGACGACGAGAUGUGCGUCGUCGACACGACGAAAAACUCGGCGAAAUGCGUCGAUCAGGCGCAAUUGCAGCAAUUCGUCAAAGCGCACCAACUCGAACACUCGCCGAUUGCCCGCCAUCAACAGCACCACACCGCCGCCGAACACGCCGAGCAUGAUUUUAACAGCAAGCAUCAAUGCUCGCGCCUCGAACUCCUCCAGAUGGGCGGCCGCUUGUUGAAAUGGUUCAAGGACGUGCACACCACCGAAGCGGGCAACGAUCGCACGCUGAGAAUGCAUUCGAUGGUAUGCCGUCCGGAGGUCGCUUGGAUGUUCGUCCAGUGGGACGGAAACAACGAUGGCCAACUCACCAAGUCCGAACUUCGUUCACUUGAGCGCGGCGGCAACGAGCGAUGCAUCGAGCAAUUCAUUGACAUGUGCGAUGACAUUGACGUUGACGGCACCAUCUCGGUUGAUGAAUGGUGCGAUUGUUUCACGUUCUCGGACGAUGUUCGCCACGAGCCGCCAUGUCACAAGGCCAAACACGGAGCCGAUCCGCAUCUUCUCGGCGUCUUCAUUCCUCGCUGCGAUCUUGAAGGCUACUACAAGCCGGAGCAAUGCCACGAUGGACACUGCUGGUGCGUCGAUCGCUACGGACGCGAGUUCGACAAAUCGCGUGUCCAGAAUCAGCUUCCCGAUUGCGGACAAUAUGCUUCUGACCUCACCGAGGAGGACGUCGCAUUCUUGAAGGCCCGCUUCUAA